AUGCUCGUCACCGCCCCGCGGCCCGUCGCCCCGACGCGCCUGACCCGCGCCGCCCGCACACGCACCCUCCCAGUCGUGAGCGCCGCGGCAGCGCCCGCGGGGUCCGUCGAGAAGCUCACACUGGAGCCUAUCAAGAAGAUUGAGGGCCAUGUUCGCCUCCCGGGCUCCAAAAGCCUCUCGAACCGCAUCCUGCUGCUCGCGGCGCUGUCCGAGGGCGUGACCGUCGUGGAGAACCUGCUCGACAGCGACGAUAUCCGCUACAUGGUCGGCGCGCUCCGCGACCUCGGCGUCAAACUCGAGGAGGACUGGGAGAACCGUCGCAUGACGGUGCACGGAUGCAACGGCAGGUUCCCCGUGGAGGGCGCCGAGCUGUUCCUGGGCAACGCCGGCACCGCGAUGCGGCCUCUGUGUGCAGCUGUCGCGGCGGCUGGGCGCGGCGAGUUCGUGCUGGACGGCAUCGAGCGCAUGCGCGAGCGUCCCAUCCAGGACCUCGUGGACGGGCUCAACCAGCUAGGCGUGGACGCUACGUGCACCCUCGGGACGGGCUGCCCUCCCGUGCUGGUCAAGGCCGCCGGUCUGUCGGCCGGGACCGUGUCCCUCAAGGGCUCGGUGUCGUCGCAGUACCUCACGGCACUCCUCAUGUCCGCGCCGCUGUGCACGGGCGCCGAGGGGAUCGAGAUCAAGAUCAGCGACACGCUCGUCUCGCAGCCCUACGUCGACAUGACGAUCAAGCUCAUGGAGAGGUUCGGCGUCAAGGUGGAGCAGCUCGACGGCCUCCAGCAUCUGCGCAUCCCGGGCCAGCAGUCGUACAAGUCGCCGGGGACGGCGUACGUGGAGGGGGACGCGUCGUCGGCGUCGUACUUCCUCGCCGGCGCGACGAUCACGGGCGGGAAGAUGGUCGUCGAGGGCUGCGGCUCGGACUCGCUCCAGGGCGACGUCCGGUUCGCGGAGGUGAUGGGCCUGAUGGGGGCGCGCGUGGAGUGGGCGCCCUACUCGAUCACGAUCACGGGGCCCGGCGCGUUCGGGGAGCCGCUCAAGGCGGUGGACCACAACUGCAACGACAUUCCGGACGCGGCGAUGACGCUCGCGGUCGCGGCGCUGUUCGCGGACGGAACCACGGCGAUCCGCGACGUGUACAACUGGCGCGUGAAGGAGACGGAGCGGAUGAAGGCGAUCGUCGCGGAGCUGACGAAGCUGGGCGCGGACGUGGAGGAGGGGCACGACUACUGCGUGAUCAAGCCGCCUGCGGGCGGGCCCUCGGGCGUGAAGGCCAACGUCGAGAUCGAGACGUACGACGACCACCGGAUGGCGAUGGCGUUCGCGCUGGCGGCGUGCACGGGCAAGCCCGUGACGAUUCUGGACCCGAAGUGCACGAAGAAGACGUUCCCGGACUACUUCGAUGUGCUGUCGACUGUGUCGACGCGCUAG